GACCGAAAGUGAAAUCACAUGAUGUAAAUAAAAAUUUUGCUUCUAUUUUGAUGCUGAUAUUGUUCGAUAAGUUAUCAACUUUCAAAAUAUAAACUUUAAAUACUCAAUAAAUUUAUUCUAUUGUAGAAGCAGGGAUUACACUGAAGUGUUACUUCGUUCUGGCUCUAUUAAUAUGAAGUAUCUAAUUUUCAGUUUGUUUGUUAUUGCUGUCACAUGUGUAAAUUCGUUCCCGGUUCAAAAUGACUUGAAAUAUGGUUAUAAGGGUUGCCCUACGGGAGAGGAAGACAAAUUGAAUGUUCAUUUAGUCUGCCAUACUCAUAAUGAUGUCGGAUGGCUAAAAACAGUGGACCAGUACUUUUAUGGAGCCAAUCAAUCCAUACAACGUGCUGGAGUUCAAUACAUUAUUGAUUCUGUUGUUCAGAGUUUGAUACAUGAUCCUUCUAAAAAGUUCAUCUAUGUUGAGUCUGCCUUCUUCUCAAGAUGGUGGAAUGAACAACAUGACUCAAUACGUCAUUCUGUGAAAAAACUUGUUUGUAAUGGCCAACUGGAAUUCAUUGGUGGAGGUUGGAGUAUGAAUGAUGAAGCUGCUGCUCACUACAAUUCUAUCAUUGAUCAGAUGACUUUGGGGCUGAGAGUCCUCAAUGAUACUUUUGGCAAGUGUGGUGUUCCCAAAGUUGCAUGGCAGAUAGAUCCAUUUGGUCAUUCUAGAGAACAAGCUUCAUUGUUUGCCCAGAUGUUUUUUGAUGGUCUCUUUUUUGGACGUCUUGACUAUCAAGAUAAAGAAAACAGACAAAAAACACAGACAAUGGAGCAUGUUUGGAAAGGAAGUCCAAACUUAGGGGCUAGAGCUGAUUUGUUCACUGGUGCAUUGCCAAAUUCUUACAGUCCACCUCCUGGAUUUUGUUUUGACCUUCUUUGUGAUGAUCCACCAAUUAUGGAUGAUCCUGAAUUAAAAGGCUACAAUGUGGAACAACGAGUAUCGGAUUUUAUAAAAAUUGCUGAAGAUCAAGCCAAAUCAUAUGCAACUAAUCAUAUAAUAAUGACAAUGGGAGAAGACUUCCAAUACCAAAAUGCAGCAGUCUGGUUUAAGAAUUUGGAUAAGCUUAUAAAGCAUGUCAAUAAAAAACAAACUAAUGGUAGCCGAGUGAAUGUAUUUUAUUCUACUCCUUCCUGUUAUCUGCAAGCGCUGAAUCAGGCCAAUCGAACCUGGACUGCCAAAUAUGAUGAUUUUAUGCCCUAUGCAAAUGAUCCACAUGCUUACUGGACAGGAUAUUUCACAAGCAGACCAUCACUUAAAGGAUAUGAGCGUUUUGGAAAUAAUAAAUUGCAGGUUUGUAAACAAUUGACUACUAGAACAGAUAUCGAAGAGAUAACAUUAGAUUUCUUAAAGAAAGCCAUGGGUAUAAUGCAACAUCAUGAUGCAAUAACUGGUACAGCAAAGCAACAUGUUACAAAUGAUUAUUAUGAGACUCUAGCAGCUGCUAUUGAAUCGUGCCAUGAUAUUGUUAAUGAAGCAUAUGAAAAAUUGUUACCUAAAAAUAAAUCUGCAUCACCAUUAAAGCAAUAUUUCUGCAACUAUUUGAAUAUAAGUCAGUGCUCCAAUACUGAAACAGAUUCACCGGUUGCCAUAAAUAUUUAUAAUCCUCUUGCUUGGAAUGUAACAAAUUAUAUCCGUGUACCAGUAUCUGGGAAAGCAUACAAAGUGGUAGAUUAUAAUGGAAAUUCUGUGGAUGCUCAGAUUGUUCCAUUACCAUCACCAGUGUAUAAAAUUCCUGGUAGAAACUCUAAAGCUCAAGCAGAGAUAGUUUUUCUAGCGAAAUUACCAGCCCUUGGUCAUGCAACAUAUUUGAUGAGAAAUUCCACAUCUCAAUCUACUAAAAAUAAACAAGCCAGUGCAAUCAAACAAAAGGCCGAAGGUGACUGGAUUUUAAAGAAUAAAUUUUUAUCUGUUUAUGUGGAUAACAAGUCUGGAUUAUUAAAACAAAUUCAGUUAACCGAUGGUACUAAUCUAACAGUUAAUCAAUCAUUCUACUGGUAUAAAGGAAUGAAUGGUGACAAUUCGAAUUUUGAAAAAAGAGCAUCUGGUGCUUAUAUCUUCCGACCAAAUGGCACAGAACCCAUAGAUUUAGGAAACAAUGUCACUGUGACUUUUGUAAAUGGCUCCCUGGUUCAAGAAAUUCAUCAAGUAUUCAAUCCAUGGUUAAGUCAAGUUAUUCGACUAUAUGAAAAUUCUGAAAAUGUUGAAUUUAGAUGGAUUGUUGGUCCCAUACCUGUUGAUGACGAAGUUGGAAAAGAAAUAAUUACCAGAUUUGAUACAGACUUGAAGAGUGAGGGAAUUUUUUUCACAGAUUCCAAUGGCAGAGAAAUAUUACUUAGAAAGAGAAAUUAUCGCCCAACUUGGAAAUUAAAUGUCACUGAACCUGUGUCUGGAAACUAUUAUCCAGUGAACAGCAGAAUCUACAUUCGGGACAGGAAACAAAAGUUGCAACUUACUGUACUAAACGAUAGGUCUCAAGGUGGAUCAAGCAUAAAAGAUGGUUCUGUGGAACUUAUGAUUCAUAGACGUUUAUUGCAUGACGAUGCUUUUGGAGUGGGUGAACCCUUGAAUGAAACGGGCAUCAGUGGCCGUGGCUUGGUGAUCACUGGUUCCCAUUUCUUGAUUGUAAGCAACAUAAGUAAAGCAGCAUCUAAGCACAGGCCUCUUGCACAGAAGCUGUUUAUGCAACCUCAGUUAAGUUUUGCAUCAUACAAUUCAUCGGAGACAGAUUACUUCAAAUCUUUUAAUGUAUUUUCUCCAGGACUGAAGACUACUCUACCACCCAAUGUGCAUCUCUUAACACUGGAACCUUGGAAGAGAGGCACAGUAUUAAUACGUCUGGAACACAUGUAUGAAUUUAAUGAAGAUAGUACUUUAAGUUUAGCUGUUGAUGUCUCUCUUAAGGACUUGUUUAAGGAAUUCAAUGUGACUAGCAUUAGAGAAACCACUCUUAGUGCCAACCAGUACUUGGAGGAGGCCAAACGAUUGUGCUGGAAGAUAGAAGGAGCUAAAAAUGUGUGUGACAAAUCGGCUGCUCGAGGAUACAAAAAAGAUCGCAGCCUUGAUGAUCUAAUAGUCUACUUAGGACCGAUGGAAAUCCGUACAUUUAUUGCUCAAGUUACUUAUUAAAUGUUGAACUUUUCUUCGUUAGUUUGAUUUUAUAAUACAUACAAAAUUUCCGUAUUAAAUUAAAUGUUGUAAAUGUAAAUGUUUUUAUUUUUUAUUUUUGGUUUGUGAUAAUCUUCAAAAACCUACUUAAUUUUUUUCUGUGUCUAUUAACAUAUGUAAACAAUUGAAAGAAAAUUUUUGUUUUUGCUAUUAUUUUCUUUGCAAGGAAGUGCUUAUUAUCUAAGCAUUUGAGAACAAAUGACAUUUUUAAAGUUUACAAUAAUCUGUGAUAAAUUCUGCAUGUGCAAUUUUGGUUUUGUUUACAAAUUUUAUUGUUCAAACAUUUCUGUUAUUUACAUUUUUGAAAUGAUGUUACAGUUGUUUUUAAACCUUUUUUCUUUUACUGUUUUGAAAUAAAAAUUUCAAGAAAAUAUC